UCUUCCUCCUCCCGUCUCUCUCUCUCUCUCUCUCCUCUCCUCUCGAACCAAAACUCAACCGCUGAAAAUAAUUCAGAAAAAUUCGCUGCAAUAAUUUUUUUUUUCUUGUUCUUGUUGUAGAAUCAUAAUCUCAGUUAUUGCUGUAGUUUUUGCUUCCUCAUCCAUCGGAGUUUCUUAGUCAGCCGCCUGUUCUACUGAAAACGUCCAGAAACCAGGUUUUGCGUGGUUUUCUUGUAACUUUGAAGACUUCUGGUAGCUCUGGAGCGAAAUCGAACGUUCUGAGCCAGUCAUACUCCGGUGUUUUGGAUGCUAAAGCUUGAGGGACCAUCUUUUGGAUGGUACAUGAGAAACUGGCGAAAUUGUAGGCUGCUCCCAGUGAAUACUUGAGAAGUAGACUCUGUUUUGUUCUAUAUGAUGGCUAGUUCAUCUGAAAGGUGGAUAGAUCGUCUCCAGUUUUCGUCCUUGUUUUGGUCUCCACCUCGAGAUGAGCAACAAAGAAAGGCUGAAAUCACUACUUAUGUCGAGUGCUUGGGUCAGUUCACAUCAGAACAAUUUCCAGAGGAUAUUGCAGAGUUAAUCCGUAGCCACUAUCCAUGGAAGGAAAAGCGUCUUAUUGAUGAUGUUUUAGCAACUUUUGUUCUUCAUCAUCCGGAACAUGGGCAUGCUGUUAUUCUUCCAAUUAUUUCUUGUAUCAUUGACGGUACGGUGGCGUACUGCAAGAGCGGUUCUCCCUUUUCGUCUUUUAUAUCCUUAUUUUGCCCCGACACAGAGAAUGAUUAUUCUGAACAGUGGGCUAUGGCAUGUGGUGAGAUAUUGAGAAUUUUGACUCAUUAUAAUCGUCCCAUAUAUAAGACGGAACAACAGAAUAUGGAAGGAGAAAGAAGUGGUUGUGACAACCAUGCAACAAGUAGUGACUCAAGUAAUGUGCCACCCAGCCAGACACCUUUAAAUCAGGAUAGGAAGCCCUUAAGGCCCCUAUCCCCAUGGAUUACUGACAUACUGCUUGCGGCACCUCUAGGCAUUAGAAGCGACUACUUCCGUUGGUGUAGUGGUGUUAUGGGUAAAUAUGCUGCCGGAGAACUAAAGCCGCCUACAACUGCUACAUCUCGUGGGUCUGGAAAGCAUCCGCAACUUGUACCAUCAACCCCAAGGUGGGCUGUUGCUAAUGGCGCUGGCGUUAUAUUAAGUGUAUGUGAUGAAGAAGUUGCUCGUUAUGAGACUGCCACUUUAACAGCAGCAGCUGUACCUGCACUUUUGCUUCCUCCGCCAACUACAGCUUUGGAUGAGCAUCUAGUUGCUGGGCUACCUGCUUUGGAGCCUUAUGCGCGUUUAUUUCACAGGUAUUAUGCUAUUGCUACUCCAAGUGCAACUCAAAGACUUCUUCUGGGGCUUUUAGAAGCACCUCCUUCAUGGGCUCCUGAUGCACUUGAUGCAGCUGUUCAGCUUGUAGAACUCCUUCGGGCUGCUGAAGACUACGCAUCUGGAAUAAGACUACCUAGGAACUGGAUGCAUUUGCAUUUCUUGCGUGCGAUAGGAACUGCAAUGUCAAUGCGAGUGGGCAUUGCUGCUGAUGCAGCUGCAGCAUUACUUUUCCGCAUACUCUCCCAGCCUGCAUUGCUUUUUCCUCCUUUGAGGCAAGUUGAGGGAGAUGAAAUUCAACAUGAACCAUUAGGCGAUUAUAUAUCAUCCUACCAGAGACAGAUAGAAGUGCCAGCGGCAGAAGCAACGAUUGAAGCGACUGCCCAAGGGAUUGCAUCCAUGCUUUGUGCCCAUGGCCUGGAAGUUGAAUGGAGAAUCUGUACCAUUUGGGAAGCUGCUUAUGGCUUGAUUCCGUUAAGUUCUUCUGCAGUUGAUCUUCCAGAAAUCGUUGUUGCAACGCCACUACAACCACCCCUAUUAUCAUGGAAUUUGUACAUACCACUUCUUAAAGUCCUUGAAUAUCUUCCUCGUGGUAGUCCAUCCGAAGCAUGUUUGAUGAAGAUAUUUGUCGCUACUGUAGAAGCAAUUCUUCAAAGAGCAUUUCCAUCCGAGUCUUCAACAGAGCGUACAAGGAGACUCAAAUAUCUUUCUGGAAUUGGAUCUGCCUCUAAAAACCUUUCUAAAUCUGAGCUCCGGAUGAUGGUUCACUCUCUUUUCUUAGAAUCUUGUGCUUCUGAAGAGCUUGCUUCACGCUUACUUUUUGUUGUGUUAACCGUUUGUGUUAGUCAUGAAGCUCAGUCAAACGGGAGAAAGAAAAGAAGAAGUGAUAGUGGUAACUUUCAGGAAGAAAGGCUCGAGCAAAAUCAAGACACUUCCAGUGAAAGAAGAGAAACAAAAAGUAGGAUGAAUAAACAAGGAGCUGUAUCAGCUUUUGAUUCUUAUGUUCUUGCUGCUGUUUGUGCUCUUUCUUGUGAAUUGCAGCUGUUUCCAUUGAUGUCACGAGGAAGGAAGCAUUUGCGUUUUAAAGGCUUGCAAGAUGUUGCCAAGUUGGUCAAAAUAAAUGGAUCUUCUUUUGAACUUCAAAGUAGCAUUGACUCAGCAAUUCGCCAUACUCAUAGAAUCUUAUCAAUUUUGGAGGCUCUUUUCUCUCUAAAGCCUUCAUCUCUAGGAACGUCCUGGAGCUACAGUUCAAAUGAAAUAGUCGCUGCAGCUAUGGUUGCUGCUCAUGUUUCAGAACUAUUUCGACGGUCAAGAGCUUGCAUGCAUGCCAUCUCUGUUUUGAUGCGGUGCAAGUGGGACAAAGAAAUUUACACCCGGGCAUCAUCGCUGUACAACCUCAUUGACAUUCACAGCAAAGCUGUUGCAUCUAUUGUCAAUAGGGCUGAGCCAUUAGAAGUGCAUUUGGUGUCUGCACCAAUUUCUGAAUACUCUCGCGUAUCUUCAGCAGGCCAAAAGCCAACUCAACUAGAUGAUCAUGUUUACUGUGAGACUGGUCAGCAGUCUAUCCCUAAAUGUGAAGAGCAAUGCCAUGUUACAGCGAAACCUUCAUUCGAAAGAUCAUCAGAUUCAAAUAUUGACUUGGAAAAUACGUUAGGCAAACGUAUCGCGAGUUUCCAGUUAGAUGCUUCUGAACUGGCAAAUUUUCUCACAAUUGAUAGGCACAUAGGAUUCAAUGGAUGUGCACAAAUUCUUUUGAGAUCAGUGUUAGCAGAGAAGCAAGAGUUAUGCUUCUCUGUUGUUUCACUUCUAUGGCACAAGUUAAUCGCGACACCCGAAACUCAACCAAGUGCAGAGGGCACGUCUGCCCAACAGGGAUGGAGACAGGUAGUUGAUGCACUAUGCAAUGUUGUAUCUGCAUCCCCGGCAAAAGCAGCUGCAGCUGUUGUGCUCCAGGCUGAUAGAGAAUUCCAGCCUUGGAUUGCUAAAGAUGAUAAUCAAGGGCAGAAGAUGUGGAGGGUCAAUCAGCGGAUCAUCAAAUUGAUUGUUGAACUCAUGAGAAACCAUGAUAUACCGGAAUCAUUAGUAACUUUAGCAAGCGCAUCUGACCUUCUUUUACGUGCUACAGAUGGAUUGCUGGUAGAUGGAGAAGCUUGCACUUUGCCCCAACUGGAGCUCCUAGAAGCAACAGCUCGAGCAGUUCGUCCGGUGCUGGAGUGGGGAGAAUCUGGGUUGUCGAUCGCCGAUGGUCUAGCCAACCUUUUGAAGUGUCGUCUACCAGCUACGGUUUGGUGCCUUUCUCACCCGAGUGCACAUGUUCGUACUUUGAGUACAUUGGUUCUUCGCGAUAUUUUGCAAACAGGUUCAGAUAUCGGUAGAUUUAAACCGAAGAACAUAAACGGUGUCCACGGUCCAUCUUAUCAGUACUUCAAUAAAGAACCUAUUAACUGGAAAGCUGACCUUGAACAGUGCUUGACCUGCGAAGCUCGUAGUCGACUUGUAACCGGAUUGCCAAUCGAUAUUCUACAUGUUGCUGCCAAAGAAUUAGGCUGCUCCAUUUCUUUGUGAAAUUAACUAAGCUUUUAGUACCAAAUUUACUCGGACAACAAGCGAGAGGGCCUACAUAGAGAAAUCGUAAGUAUCGAUUGAUUUGAAAGAAACAGGUUUCUUAUUAGCUAUUGCUAAUUUUUCUCAUUCUGUUUGAAAAGUAAGAUCUCAUAAUGUCAUUAUAGUUCCUUAUUCUGGUCAGAGGUUGGUACUUUUCAUAUGAUGAGAUGAUCAUGUACAGUAACACUAUGACAGGGCAACCAAGUCUCACCUAUCUUGUUAUCCAGUUGUGUCGGUUUUUUUACGUUAUAAACCCGUCGUAUUUCAGUGAUUGGUCUAGCUCAUGUAAUUUGGCUCUUUCUUACAUGAAAUGAGUUAAGAGUAUCUUGAACUUGCAGGGAUUUCAUCUACUGUGGUUCUUGUUUCUCUAGGUAAGUGCAUAUGUUACCCCCAUUUGAUUCCUAGUUAUUAUCGACCCGGUCGGUUUUGCAGCUACGAAAAGUAAGGGUUUUCAGGUUCAUAUAUUUUGUUCAUGCCAUGCUGUCGUUAGACGUGUUGAUUUGUCUACAUUUAGUUCAACCAAUGAGGCUAUCGAUAGGAAGGCCGACCUCGGCUGCCACACGACCCUGACAUUUGGUGCCCUUCUCUUCUUCGAGUCGAGGUGUACACUUUUGAAGCUAACCAUCAGCCCGAAGCAGGCAAGGCGAUUGGACUUGUAAGUAGUGUUUACCAGGUUUUGCCAAUUUGCUGAAACCUAUGAGAUAUGAAAUGAGUCAUAUUUGUACCA